AUGGUAAUAGCUCAAGAAACCACCAGUGCUACUAGUCAUCACCGGAGACUCACUUUCGCCGCCUUCUUAAACUCCGAUCCCGCCGCCGGCGAAGAAGAACAGAAGCACGACGAUGACCUCAACAAUCCCAUUAACUCUCAACGUCAAAGCAAUGUCUCGACGACGAGCGGCGAUUCUUCUCCUAACCAAGUUCUAUCUCCAUGGAAUCAGACUUUUUCACCAUACUACACCGACACAACAACGACUCCGACCAUGUCUCCUUCGCCGUGGAACCAGACUUACUCUCCGUACUACAAGUCUCCGUGGAUCUACCAGACCCGUAACAACAUCGACGAUGAUCAAGAACACGGUUUGAUCGGUACGAUCGUGAGACAAGAAGGUCAUGUUUACUCUUUAGCUGCUUCUGGAGAUCUUUUAUUCACAGGAUCCGAUUCGAAAAACAUUCGGGUCUGGAAAGAUCUCAAAGAUUUUUCCGGGUUUAAAUCAACAAGCGGAUUAGUUAAAGCGAUUGUAAUAACCGGAGAUAACCGGAUUUUCACCGGUCAUCAAGACGGUAAAAUCCGGGUUUGGAAAGGUUCAAAAAGAAAAACCGGUGGUUAUUCACGAAUCGGAAGCUUACCGACUCUAAAAGAUUUUUUAACCAAAUCGGUUAAUCCGAAGAACUACGUCGAAGUCCGUCGCCGGAAAAACGUUCUUAAGAUCAAACACUACGACGCCGUUUCGUGUCUUAGCUUAAACGAGGAGCUCGGUUUACUCUACUCCGGUUCGUGGGACAAAACCCUCAAAGUCUGGAGACUAACCGAUUCGAAAUGUCUAGAAUCGAUUACGGCUCACGAUGACGCGAUCAACACGGUGGUCGCCGGAUUCGACGAUUUGCUAUUCACCGGAUCAGCCGACGGAACAUUGAAAGUGUGGAAACGAGAGCUUCAAGGGAAAGGGACGAAGCAUUUUCUGGUGAAUGUGUUGAUGAAACAAGAGAACGCAAUAACGGCGUUAGCGGUUAAUUUAACGGCGUCUGUUGUUUACUGUGGAACUUCUGACGGUUCCGUUAAUUUCUGGGAAGGAAAGAAAUUGCUUUCUCACGGCGGGACUCUCCGUGGUCAUCGUAUGGCGGUUCUCUGUCUCGCCGCCGCCGGAAGUCUGGUGUUGAGCGGCGGAGCUGAUAAGAAUAUCUGCGUGUGGAGGAGGAACGGAGAUGGGACUCACACGUGUCUCUCUGUUUUGAUGGAUCACGUGGGACCGGUUAAGUGUUUGACGGCGGUUGAAGUGGCGGAGGAAGACGGCGAGGGGAAAUGGAUAGUGUAUAGUGGAAGUUUGGAUAAAUCGGUGAAAGUGUGGCGCGUGACGGAGACGGCAUCUCCGGUGAUGAUUGGCUGA